AUGUCUUCAUCCAGACGGUUCUUCAAUUUCCUGUUCUUGGUUUUACUUUUGUUUUUGUUCAUUACUCUCUAUUUUAAUAUAAAUUUCUUUGAAAGAGGUCCGCAAAAAAGACAUCUUAAACAUGAAUUGGAUCCCCUGUACGAGGAGAUCAGGAUACUCUGCAUGAUACCGUAUGAUUAUAAUAACCCUAAUACUGCCAAAUAUUUAAAACGCACUUGGGGAAAGCAUUGUAAUGUGUUGCUUUUUGUGAGUGGCAACACCGAUGGUGAAUUGGAACCGUACGUGCCUGUGAUCAAUUCCACGAAUACGUGGACUUUGGUCCAGCGGGGGCUAAUGCACGCCUAUCUAUUUUAUGCCGACCAAGUCGAUUGGUUUCUCAGAGUAGAGGCCUCUAGCUUUGUAGUUGUGGAGAAUCUCCGGUAUAUGAUAGGCCAAAGGAAUUAUUUACCCACUCAACCGAUCUACUUUGGCUACGAACUCGAGAACAUUGUCACGCAUAAGCCCUUUGUCCACCACCAGAGUGGUUACGUAAUCAGUCGCGAGGCCUUGAGACGAUACACAAAUGCAUCGAAGGAUCCCGAGAAUAAGGAAUGCCUCCACUGGGAGGGAUAUUCUGAGGGACUGGAUAUGUAUCGCUGUCUGAGCCAUGUCAAUGUAACCAUAGUCGAAAGUCGGGAUGAGUUGGGACAUGAGACAUUCUCUCCCAUUCCAAUGGACCACCAGUUCUUGAAGGGCUACAAUGAAAUUCAUUGGCUCCGUAACUUAACAUAUCAUAAGGUCCCUGAGAACACUGUGCCAAUAUCCGAGCGAGCCAUUAGCUUCUGCGUAGCAUAUCCGCCGCAAAUUUACGACUACUAUUAUUUUGUUUAUCGAACGAAGAUCUUUGGCACUCUCAGGCGAAACUCUAUAGAAUUUAUGCCUUAAUAAAGGACUCACCUAUGGCAGCUGGUUAUUAGUUUUCCUUCCUGAC